AAGAGGGAAGAGAAAGAGCGAAGAGGCUAUUCAUAUUCAUAUCAGUUUCCACUCUGCAUCAGGCAGCUGUUUGUUCUGCUGCUUACUUAGAGUGAGAUCACUAUUCCAUUUCUGAAGUUACAGCAGCUUUCCCUCUAAAGUAAGGAAGAUAUCGUUCAUGGGUGAGCCUCCGUAUAACUCCUUUUUACCCUUACUGACUAAUUUCAGGUAAUGAUUAACUGAAGAUGACGGGUCCUUGGACAACAUGCUGUAAUAAAAAACACAAAUCCAAGAAUGAAUUACAGGACUUGGACUCAGUGGCAGAGAACAAGAAGGAAAAAAUGCAAAUGAAACAAGAAAUCACCUUGCUUAAUGGCAUUUCUUUAAUUGUAGGGAACAUGAUUGGAUCAGGAAUAUUUGUAUCACCCAAGGGUGUGCUGAUGUAUAGUGGCUCAUAUGGACUCGCACUUCUACUCUGGGCCCUUGGCGGGAUCUUCUCUUUGUUUGGAGCAUUGUGUUAUGCUGAACUGGGGACAUCCAUAAUUAAAUCAGGAGCAAGCUAUGCCUAUAUUCUAGAAGCUUUUGGAGGAUUUAUAGCAUUUAUCAGACUAUGGUCUUCCUUGUUGAUCAUUGAACCUACCACACAGGCAGUCAUAGCAAUUACUUUUGCUAAUUACAUUGUUCAGCCAAUAUUUCCAUUUUGUGAGCCACCCUAUGGAGCAGUUAGAUUGAUUGCAGCAGCCUGCAUCUGCUCCCUGACUUUUAUUAAUUGUGUCAAUGUGAAGUGGGGAACCCGAGUACAGGAUCUUUUCACCUAUGCAAAAGUGAUGGCUCUUAUCAUGGUCAUAGCUGUGGGCCUUUAUAAAAUUAGUCAAGGAAAAACUGAAAACCUUAAGGAACCAUUUGAAGGUUCCACAACAAAUGCAGGAUUUGUUGCACUUGCUCUUUAUUCUGCCCUCUUUUCCUACUCUGGAUGGGAUACAUUGAAUUUUGUCACUGAAGAAAUGAAAAACCCAGAAAGAAACCUUCCACUUUCCAUUGCCAUAUCAAUGCCUAUAGUGACUAUUAUUUACUUGCUGACCAAUGUGGCCUACUAUGUCGUGUUGGAUAUGUCUGCUCUCUUAACAAGUGAUGCCGUGGCUGUGACAUUUGGUAAUGAAGCUCUUAGCCAUGCUAAAUGGAUCAUUCCUAUUGCAGUGGCAAUGUCUUGUUAUGGAGGAUUAAACUCAUCAAUUAUUGCAGCGUCAAGACUUUUUUAUGUUGGAGCUAGAGAAGGACAUCUUCCUGAUAGCCUGAGCUUAAUUCAUAUAAAAUGUUUCACCCCUGUUCCUGCUCUUGUUUUUAAUGGUUUAAUGACUUUGGUUUAUCUCCUUGUGGAAGAUGUCUUUCUCCUGAUAUAUUACUACUGUUUCAGCUAUUGGUUCUUUGUUGGACUAUCCAUUGCAGGAUUAAUAUAUUUAAGGCAUAUCCAGCCAGAUAGACCAAGGCCCAUUAAACUCAGUCUCUUCUUUCCCAUUGUAUAUUGUAUAUGCACCGUUUUCCUUGUUAUAGUGCCUCUCUAUAGUGAUACAAUUAAUUCUGUUAUUGGAAUUGGCAUUGCACUCUCUGGAAUUCCUGCUUACUUUUUGGGAGUUUAUUUACCAGUAGAAAAGAGACCUCGGUAUCUUCAUUGGCUUUCUGCUACCACUACACAGUAUGUUCAGAAGUUAUUCUAUUGCUGUCUGACAGACAAGGACAUUGAAACAGAGUCAUUGGAAAUCAAAGCAAAGUAGACUUUUUGGGACAAUUACUACACAUAUAAAGUGGAUGUAUAAAAUUCAAACAGCUGGAAAUAUUCCUUUGUAGAACAAACCAAGAAAUAUAUAACUGUACUGGGCAACAUUUUGCAGGAUUUUUUCCAGACUACGUUACUUUAUCCACCUUUUCUUUAUUGUUAUCAAUUUGAGGAACUUCUUCAUGCCUGUUUCCUAUAUAACAAUUACAGAUUGAUAUUGUAUCAAGGCAAGCACUUAUAAUGUGCUAGGGAUUUAGAGUUUCCCGUAAAAGUGAUAUAGAUAACAACCAAAUAGGAAGGAAAAGUUAAAAUAAUGGCAGGAUGGAAGGUGUCCAAAUUAUUUGGUGGAUGAAUAUAACUAGUCUGCAUCAGUGGAGUUCAUCUUGUGUCACUGAGUCAAAGAAAUCCAUGAAGGGUAUCAGUGGAGACACUGUAUGUCUUUGUACUGGUGCCUAAUGUUUAGGUUCAAUAUUGAAACAUCUAAUGUUACUGUCACUGUAAUAGCACAGUGUGCCUUUUCUCCUUGGAGAAUAAUGUAAUAUAGAAAAAAAUAUAAUUAGUAGGGAAUCUUGCUGUUAGCAGCAUCUUCAGAAGAGAAAUGAGAGCUGUUGACAUAUCAGGAGUUCUAUUAGUGAUUCUGUAAAUAACAGUUGUGACUCCAGUAUCAGGCUGUCAGUGAGAACUAUGUAUGCCACACUAUCAUAUUUUCUUCUAAAACUUCAACUAUCUGUAAUAUUGUAAAAUACUGUAUGUGCAUGAAUCAAUCAACAUUUUUAUUUUCAUUCAGUCCAAAUGUUUUAUAUAUUUUUUAAAAAUGCAUGCUGUAUUGCUAGAUGACUGUCAAACUUACUUCAGUUUUGAAUAAACCUGAGUU